AUGGACCCGGACCCGAAUCCCGGGGCCGCCACGGACCCGGCACCGGCACCGGCACCGGCACCGGGGGGGAAGCGGCGGCGCUUCACCGUUCGGCAGGAGGGUCCCGAGGAACCCCCGAACCGGGACCGGGAGCAGAACCGGGACCGGGAGCAGAACCGGGACCGGGAGCCGAACCGGGACCGGGAGCAGAACCGGGACCGGGAGCAGAACCGGGACGGGGACCAGAACCGGGGUCCAGAUCAGAACCGAGAUCGGGACCGGGAGCAGAACCGGGAUCAGAACCGGGACGGGGAUCCCGGAGCCGCCGGAACCGCCCCCUCGGGACCCCCGGGACCCCUCGCGACCCCCGGGGAUCAGAACCGGGACCGGGACCAGCCCCGGGACUCGGCGGUGCCGGUUCCGGUGCCCCGAGCGGGCACCAGCAGCAGCGGCGUCAUCGUCAGCCCGCGCCAGCGCGGCAACCCCGUGCUGCGCUUCAUCCGCAGCGUGCCCUGGCACUUCGGGGACAUCGCACCCGACUUCGUGCUGGGCGCCGGCGCCUGCGCGCUCUUCCUCAGCCUCAGGUACCCCCAGCUGUCCCU